AGGGAUCUGCAUUCGCGGAAAUGGAACGGCUCGAAUGCGCGAAUAUGCGGCGAGGAAGUGCACCGACCAUGGAUCCUCACGAACAUCAUCUACAACGGGAUCUUCAGAAUGUAAUCAUUGACUUCACUUCUCAUCAACCAGUAUCGUCUUCGUGAUCCAGUCCCAUGCCCGCCAUGGUGUCCCAGAGUCAAGACUGGUGCGAGGGCAGCCCGUCCAGAUCGGGCAGCGUCAUGUCCUUGGAUAGCAGUCGCCAAGGGCAGCGCCCGUCCAGUGCCAAGACCCCUCCGUCCUACUAUGAUGCAGUACGAAGCCGACACUCGCUGUCUCAGCCGCUCAACAAGCCCAAGCAGCAGCAGCAACAGCAGCUCAAGUACAACAGCUUGCCUAGGCCGCUGCCGCAACGAGUGCCCCCUACCAACGGACAUGGUCCAGUACGAGCACCUUGGCCCGACGAUCAGCCCAAAUCUUAUCCGGAACUACCCAGGUUGGUGUACGAUUCGCCACCUAAACCAGCCAAUCAUGUGCCACUUCAGAUACACCAGGAUAAAGAUGGUCCUCGACUUAGCAGACUGGGUCACGAGAAACUAUCUGGCAGUUGCUCUCCUAGAGGAAAUGGGGAACAGUUACGAAAGGACAUGUAUCGGAAUAUUCCAGUGCGGUCGGACGUGAGGCCUCCUCCUCCAGUUCCAGGAUUGCGAGCUCCUCUGCCAAGGUCACCCGAAAAUGGCAGCAUGAAAACUAAUAGCUUACCUAGAAGAGAAAUUUUGCCAAGUACUGACUCGUUAAGGCGUGGCUAUUCGAUGAAUUCCAAUGGAAACUUGCAUUCUCCUUAUUCAACUAAUUCUUCUCGGGCUUCAAUGGAUGGACCAAUCCACUACGAGCCUCGUUAUUCCAAAAGUGGCAAGUUGGGUCCAAGACCAUUAAGUCAAAAUGCUUAUGAGCCUAGAUCCAUGCCUGCUCCUGCGGUACAGUUACGAACUGGUCCACUAGGUUCGUACCCUGACGCUGAGACCCUGAAGAAAAGUGAGAUGGCCAGGCAAUUGGAGAAAAGUUACAGUCCAGAAUCUGGAGUGGAUUACGAUAGGAAACAGCAGCGGUUGAAUCCUCAAAGAAAUGACAUGUCUCAACAAAUCUUCGUGGAUACAAACUCGUAUGUGAAUGGCCAUCCUGCGGUAGCAGACCACUUGGCAAUACCUUAUCAAAUUCCUCAACUAUCUCCAAAAAACUCGAGAUCUGCGUUUGAGGUCCAGAAAAUGUGCAAUGGCAAAGAUUCGACACCACCUCGUAUUCAACCUAAACUGACAUCUCCUUCUAAUAGCGUAAUUCCGUAUGGGAACAAUCAGUUGCCUAACUGCCGAAGAGCUGGGUCUGAUGCACACAACGUGCAUUUGGAAUCCAGAAACCGCAGGCAACAAGAAGGUGCUUUAAUAUCGCCAAAAGAGAAUGGACAUACUUAUGCUAAUCAUGGAUAUAAUAACCCGCAAAAGCAUGCGUCACCAUCAGAGACACGAAGCGAUCUGUCAAACGGUGACAAUGACGUCAUUUACGCAAAUCAUCAGAUGUCGGUACAUUCCAGAAGCCUCCACAAAAUGGAGCCUCAGCGACCUGGAAUCCAACGAACGCCACCGCGAAACAACAUGUAUAACUACGAAAAACCACAAGGACCUAUACCGGGAAUUAGAAAUGGCUAUCGGGAGCCACCAGAAAGCUCUCAAAAUGGAUCAUUAAUUUACGAAAACCAGCCUAAUUACAAUUUCACCUAUGUCCAGCAUGGAGAUCAAAAGCCACCUUAUGAAUCUUCUAGACCCGAGAGGCGACUGCCACCACCUGUUUCCCAGAAGCCUCAUCCGUCGCUCCCUCAACCCUCACAAAUGAUCAUGGUAACUGAAACACGAAACUGGAAUGGGCAAGCUAUCUCGUAUUCGAAAGAUAUGUCGAAAUCUGCGGGAUGGAAUGGCCAAGAGAAUCCUCACCCCAAAGAUUUCACAAAAACGUCAGAAUCGAAUGCUUGGAAUGUGCAAAAUAAUACACAUCCGAAAGACUUCAACAAAGCAUCGGAAUCGAGUGCCUGGAAUGGACAAAAUAGCAAUUCUCUGGUGAAGCCCACUCCUAGGAUGUCGCGAGUUUCUUCUACACGUACUUAUCAGUGCGCGAAUAACGAGCAACAAUUUUAUCGAAGUGGGUCGCCUAACCCUUCUAUAAGGUCCGGAUAUGAGUCUUCUUCUACCAGCUCGAUAAGGGACUAUGGGCGGAAGCCGAGCAAGUCUGAUUCAGCAGUGGAACAAAAUGGUUCCUAUGGCUCUUCGUCGAAGCUGCGCGGAGAACAGUGCUUUCUGUCAACUUCUAUGAGCAGUCUGUGCAGUGAUACUUCAUCAAUAUCAUCACGUAGACGCCACGAGGAAAGCGGACACGUCAUAAACGCCUGGAAAAAGAUGAAUGAAGAGCUCAAAAAGAGAAAGGAAAAAGGUUCAGUGUUCAGUGCUUCUCCUUGGGAACGGGAGGAAAAAGAGAAGAUGCAACGGGAACAAUUAAGUGAAUCUCGCAGGCUUCGAGACCGAGAAAUAUCGUUCCUGGAAUCUUUGGAAUCUCGGACAGAGAAGCAGGAGGAGUGGCUGAGGAUCCUCCGCCUGGAGAAAGAAUUCCAGAGGAGAGCAGAGCAGGAGGAUGAGGAUGAUGACGAGGAAGAAGAAGAAACCAAGAUCACAGCACAAGCAGCAACAGAGCCUCAAAGCCACCAAUACCAGCGCCUAGACCCAGCAAAGCAUUUACACCUAUUGUACUAAGUGAAACCAGUCCACUGGAAUGUGCGUUUGACUCAAGAAAUGCAGAUACAAGCAGUUUGACAAAACUAGACAUUUCUGACUCUAGUGCUUUCUUUUGUGCAUCAGAGAAUGACAGAAGUGAAGAUCUCUCUCACGACAAUUGGCUAAUUGAAGUAAGUUCUUUCGAUGUACCACAGACGCCAAAACAUCAACAGAAUGAUGACUUAAUCAAAGAAGAAUCAAUCUAUGAGAACAUAAAACCUUACGAUCCUCCCAGCAGCAAACCUGGAAAUCAGGACUACUCCAGAAAUCUGGAAUUUGGUUGCCACACGCUCCCAAAGUCGACAAGCCAAUCUUUGAUUUCCAGAGAUCACCAGAAGAGCAGUUACCACGAAAAGAAAUUUCCAACUAUGGGCAUUUCUAGCACCUUAAGCAGGAAAGUGAACGGACUUACCGAAGCGGAUAUCCUUCCGACAUUGUACGCAACAUCAAAAGUGAAAAACAUUUAUUCAAUGAGGGAACAGAUUCCAAGUGACUUGGAGGACAAAUCGCCAGAAUUCAAGAAGAUGUGGGUCACACGACCAGAAAAACUGACUUUCCAAGACAAGAUUCGAAAGUUUUCUAUUCAAGCUGGUGAGAAUGAUUUGCCAAGGGAUAAAGUAAAAAACUCUCGUGCACAACGGGAACUUGAGAUUAAAUUUAAUGAUGGACAGAAAAGAGCAGCUGCACUUAGUGAAUCAUAAAGAACUCUGGCAAUACUGCAUUUACUUAAAAUGUUUGCGGCAACAGAGUGAGAUAUUGGAUGAAACAUAAUUGAACUCUAAACAAAAAGAAUUUUUAAACAAUUUUCUUUAACUAUUUUGACGUAUUUUUUCGUGGGAACAUUUGGAUGUUACGUAU